AUGAGCUCAAAAAAGUACGCCUUCCUCCCCAUGGACGACCAAGAGGUCGGGCCUCAAAAGGUCGCCGCGGACAAGAAGCACAAGCAACGCCACCGCCAUCGCGACCGUGGCCGAGAUCGCGACGACAAGCCCUCCGCUGAAAACCAGUCCAAGACCUUUCGUCGACGUGAUGCGGGGGCAGACUUCGACGACCGAUGGGGAGACGAGGCGCCGCCCUCGGAUGAUAUAGGCGACGAUGCCAGUGCACCGGAGUUCCAAGAGUCUGCGAGCAAACGGGAAGAGCUCGCGCGGCAAAAGGACAUCGAGGAGCGCGAGGCCUUUGCCAAGCGGCUGAGAGAGAAGGACGAUGGGAAAUCAAAAAAGAUCCUCCGCGACGGAGAGGCCUCGUCGAGGCGGAGAAUUGCCGACGACGCCAACGCAAGAGAGGCCGCCCUGCCGGACUUGCGCGAGAGAUCACGGCAAGAGUAUCUCAAGAAGCGGGAACAGGAACGCCUGGCCUUGCUGCGGAAGCAAGUCGCCGAGGAGACUGCCGAGCUGCGCAGCGGCGUCCGGCUAUCCGACAAGGAAAAGGCCGAGUUUGCCAAGAACAGGGAGAUUUUGCGGCUAGCCGAGGAGCGGCUCAGGAUCGACGACCACAGGGACGGCUACAUGAUGCCCGAGGACUACAUCACAGAAAAGGGAAAGAUGGACCGCAAGAAAAAGGAAGAGGCUCUCUACAAGCGAUACGUCGACAGGGACGAGUAUGGCCAGGAAAAGUUUGUCACGGAGCACGAGGAGUGGGAGAGGGAGCAGGCCACCAAGGCAAAGGCCCAGAUUCAGCGCACAGAGCUGGAAAACGACAGUUACGAUUACGUCUUGGACGAUGCCCAGUACAUCCAGUGGAGCCUCGAUUCGAAGCUGGCCGGCGAGGGCAAGUCCCUGGCCAAGACCAAGGAGCAACUGUUCCUCGACGCCCAGAUCGACGCGGCCGAGAAGAAGGCGCUGUCUAUUCAGGAAACCAGGAAAAGCCUGCCCAUCUACCAGUACCGCGACCAGUUCCUCGAGGCCUUGGAGCAGUAUCAGAUUCUCGUCAUCGUUGGCGAGACGGGCAGCGGCAAGACGACGCAGCUGCCGCAGUACCUCCACGAGGCCGGCUACACAAAGAACGGGAUGAAGGUCGGAUGCACCCAACCCCGGCGAGUGGCCGCCAUGAGCGUCGCAGCGCGCGUCGCCGAAGAGGUGGGCGUUAAGGUCGGGAACGAGGUCGGAUACUCGAUCCGGUUCGAGGACUGCACGAGCGACAAGACGACGCUCAAGUACAUGACGGACGGCAUGUUACUCCGAGAAUUCAUGACGGAACCAGACCUAGCCGGCUACUCGGCCCUGAUGAUCGACGAGGCCCACGAGCGGACCGUGCAUACCGACAUUCUGCUUGCCCUUGUCAAGGAUCUGGCCCGCGAGCGGCGCGAUCUCAAACUGCUGAUUUCCUCAGCCACCAUGAAUGCGACCAAGUUCUCUGAGUACUUUGACGACGCGCCAAUAUUCAACAUCCCCGGGAGACGCUAUCCCGUCGACAUUUACUACACGCCCGCCCCCGAAGCAAAUUACCUGGCAGCAGCCAUCACCACCACCUUUCAAAUCCACACGACGCAGGGCAAGGGCGACAUUCUCAUCUUCCUCACUGGGCAGGACGAGAUUGAGGCCGCGGAGCUGGAGAUUUCCGAGACGGCGAGGAAGCUGGGCAGCCGCGUCAAGGAACUGGUCAUAUGCCCCAUUUAUGCCAACCUGCCGUCUGAACUGCAGUCCAAGAUUUUCGAGCCGACCCCCGACGGCGCCCGCAAGGUGGUGUUGGCGACCAACAUUGCCGAGACGAGUUUGACUAUUGACGGCAUCGUCUACGUCAUUGACCCUGGCUAUGUCAAGGAGAACAUCUACAACCCGGCGACGGGCAUGUCCAACCUGGUGGCCGUCCCCUGCUCGCGAGCGUCGGCCAACCAACGGAGCGGCCGCGCCGGCCGAGUCGGCCCCGGCAAGUGUUUCCGGCUCUACACCAAAUUCGCCUACAUGAAUGAGAUGGACGAGUCGACGACGCCCGAGAUCCAGCGGACGAACCUCAACGGCGUGGUGCUGCAGCUCAAGUCGCUCGGCAUCAACGAGCUCCUCGACUUUGAGUUCAUGGACCCGCCGCCGACGGAGGCGCUGAUUGGCGCCCUGAACCAGCUCUUUGCGCUUCAGGCGCUGAACCACAAGGGCGAGCUCACCAAACUGGGGCGCCAGAUGGCCGAGUUCCCCACGGACCCGAUGCUGGCCAAGGCGGUGCUGGCGGCCGACAAGGAGGGGUGUGUGGACGAGGUGCUGUCGAUUGUGUCGAUGCUGGGCGAGGCAUCGGCGCUCUUCUUCCGGCCCAAGGACAAGAAGAUCCACGCCGACAGCGCACGAAACCGCUUCACGGUCAAGGAGGGCGGCGACCACGUGACGCUGCUCAACGUGUGGAACCAGUGGGUGGAGAGCGACUUCUCGCCCGUGUGGGCGCGCGAGAACUUUCUGCAGCAGCGGUCGCUGACGCGGGCGCGCGAUGUGCGCGACCAGCUGGCCAAGCUAUGCGAGCGCGUCGAGGUGGCGCCGUCGUCGUGCGGGGCGAGCAACGUGCGGCCCAUCAAGCGGGCCAUCACGGCGGGCUUCUUCCCCAACGCGGCGCGACUGCAGAAGAGCGGCGACGGGUACCGGACGGUCAAGAACGGCACGGGCGUGUGGAUCCACCCGAGCAGCGUGCUCAUGGCGGCAGACCCGCCCGAGAAGAUGGUGGUGUACUUUGAGCUGGUGCAGACGACCAAGGAGUACAUGCGCAGCGUCAUGCCGAUUGAGCCCGGGUGGCUGGCGGAGCUGGCGCCGCACUUUCACAAGAAGAAGGACAUUGAGGCGCUCGAGGACAAGAAGAUGCCGCGGCAGAGAUAG